AUGGUGCUGACAGAUCUUCCUUUUGAGCAUGGUGCUCUGAUCCACAGUCGAUACUCAACGAUUCGUCGCCCUGACAGUGCUCCAGCUGGCAUGAAGGAUGAUGAUGAAAAGCGACAACGCAAAACCAAAUCCUAUGCUACAUUUCUAAGAGAACAAGAAAGAAAAGUAGGCCCGGAAGGAUUCCUUGAUUCCAGUAGGUAUUCACAUUCUUUUGUGGUAAAGAAACAAAAGCAAAAGAUGCGAAAAUCAGCAGAUUCGGGCAUUCCUAGCCGUCCUUCAGUUGUUUCCUUCAGUGCCAGAGUAGAGAAGGAUGGAAAAGACCACAAGAAGAGGAUGAAGGUUAUUGAGGAAGGCCAGAUGUCCUUGAGGGAUCACAUGUGGCAACACAAACAAGAGGAGAGAGAAUUAAAACGUGUAGAAGGCGAUAUUAUCAAGAAUCAGCGUGCAGUUCGACACACUCUCCGCGACUUUGAGAAUGCGAUUAACAAAAAGAGGAUGCAAGAGGAAAAGAAGCUGAAUCAGGGACUGGAGGUCUACACCAAGAUCAGGCGGGACUUUGUUCAUAAAAAGGAGGAGCUAACAAAACAGAGAAUUGAAAAAAAUGCCCUGAGUGAUCAGGAGGCUAAGAGAGAGGGUAGAAAAAUUGCCAUUAGAGAGUCAGACCUUUCCCGACAGUACCGUGCAAAAAUGAGUGAGAUGGAACUCAAGAGGAUCGAGGUGCUCAGAAUGAAUCAAGAAUUCGAAUCUAAAAUGAGACAGAAAGAGGAUGAGCAGCUCAGGCUACAGAAUGAACUGGCUGAGCUGACCAUUAGUCUGAACAUGGAAUCUCAAAAAGGCAGAGUGAUGAGAUUUGAUGCAAACAAGCAACGAAAGAAGGAUCAGACAAACAAGAUACAAGAAAAUUUACAAGGUGUAGAAAAUGUUAAAAAUAAAUUAAUGAGAAGUGACGGUGAUACAAAGGCAGCAGAAAUGAACAAAAGGAAGUUGAGUGCUGAUCUGUCCCUAACUAAAUCUCACCUAGAUAUCAAGAAAAGAGACGAACAAAGACACUUAACAGACACACAGUUUAGACUAGAUGAUAAUUCUAACAUACAGCGACAACUAAACGAGGCUGCCUUCCAUGCUAAUCUGGAUAUGAAAGCACGUCAAAUUGACCAGAAACUUGAGGCCCACAAUGCUAGGAGGAUCAACCAACUGGCCUCGACAAUGUCCGAAAAGAAGAUGAAGGAAGAUGAAAAACAGGCUGUAUGGGAUGCGAGAUUCCAGAAACGUUACAAUGAUCACAGGCGCAAGGAACACGAUGAUCAGCUUAAAUUCUUCCAGAAAAUGGUGACAAAAGGUGAUGAAUUUGAACAGAAUCUGUAUAACAAAGUGAGAAAUGCAGAAUACACACGUCAGAAACAGGAACAGUCUGUUCGCAGACUUCAACAGACUAUUGCAGAUGUAAAACGUAAAAACUCUAUAAAGAUACGUCAGGAACUUUCAGAAAGACACAGAGAAGAGAGAGAGUUACAAGAAAAACUAAUCCGAGAAAAAGCAGAAUUAGAUAAGGCUCAUGCCCAGAGGGAAGAGAGCUACAUUAAGUUACAGCAGCAUCGCCAGCUUCUUAAGGAGGACAAACACAACCUCAAAGAACAUGAGCGUGAGAAUAUCCGAAUAAUGAAGAUUGCUGAACGGUCAGAUACAGCCCUAACAGAGACGUAUUAGAAUGAAGUUCCACCAUCCCACAGACAUGUUUUAGGUUUAAUACAGGUGUAAUUUGUCGUCAGAGGUACCUCCUCAAAAGACUGUCCACUGUGUAUUUUGUGAGAUGUAUGGAAGAAAGAAUUCUGUGCUGGUCUGUGUAGUCUUGUGUGACUUUCUGCUGAAAUGAAAGGA